UUCGCCGUUCUUCAGUGAUUAAAAAGGCUAUCAGCUGAUUGUUGGCGCAAUAUGAGCGACAGUUUGCUAUCACGUGAGCAAGCGCUUUGUCUCGAAAAUUAAAAUCAUUCACAAUCAAUUACUUAGGGUUGCAAUAAGAAGUGAUAAGAUCAUGGUUUAAAUAGCGUUAAGAGCAAUAUGAAAAGAUCAUUUUUUUCGUUUGCACGAAUACAAAAGUCACUAAAGCCGGAAUGCGAUAAUGAUAUGCGAAUUGUUGGCCGAGUCUAGUUCAGUUACCCAUCAGUUGCACUCGAGUAAGGACUUGGUACCUUGCUCGAUUGCUAACGCACAGCAAACAUGAAGAUAAGAACAGUGAUAAUUUCCAUCGCUUUUUGCGUGGUACUCAGUGAGCAGAAAUCUUCUCCCUCCGAUGAUCACUAUUGGGCGGGAGUCGUGGAGUUUAGCUACAAAGAGAAAGAAACUGAAGCCCCCGAUGUCAACACAGCUAAAAAUCUCGAACGAUAUAUUGAACUUAUCAAUUCGACGGAAGCAGAUACUGUAGACAUUAUGGUCUUCCCGGAGUACGGAUUAAACGCAAUUGAAACGGCCUCGUUCGUUCCUGCCCCUUCCGAACGCAUCGCUCCCUGCAACAACUAUGAGUACGAGUCUAUCGUUCGUGAUCUAUCCUGCAUGGCUAAAGUUCGUCAGAAGUAUUUGGUUGUCAAUCUCGUAGAAAAAGCACUCUGUCCCGAAAAUGACGAUUGGAGGGUAUGUGCACCUGAUGGACUGUAUCGCUUCAAUACGAACGUAGUGUUCGACCGAAACGGGUUUGUCAUCGCACGCUACCGGAAGUACAAUCUUUUCGGUGAACGCGGUAUAAAUACUACCCUUUCGGCUGAAUCGGUUCGGUUUGAAACGGAUUUUGGAGUUACAUUCGGUACGUUUAUCUGUUUCGAUUUGAUGUUCGAAAACCCAGCCUUACAGCUGAUCCGCGAUGGGGUAACCGAUAUCAUAUUUACAACUAUGUGGUUUUCGGAGUUGCCCUUCCUGAGCGGUGUUCAGAUUCAGCAAGCAUGGGCGUACCAGAACAAUGUUAACUUCUUGGCAUCGGGGGCUAGCCAUCCAGCAAUAGGAAGCACAGGGACGGGAGUGUUUGCUGGAAAGCAUGGACGUAUCGUAGCCGUUAUGAACUACCAAGCAGAUGUCAAGUUGUACGUAGCUCAGGUACCGAAGAUAGACAAACCACAAGCUACAAUAGCACGACAACCCAUCAUAAAGUAUAACCCGUCCGAAAUGAGUAGCCUGAAACUGAAACGUGACCAAAUCGAUGCCUACGAAACAGUCAAUCUACGUCUGGAAAGCAACAGCGAUUACAAACUAACAUUGUGUCAAAAUCAACUUUGUUGUAAUUUCACUCUCAACUAUACCUUUACUCUGCCGACAUCUAAUCAGCAAUUCUAUCGCUACCGGUUGGCUGUGCACAACGGGAUUCGCACGUUUGAUGGAUUUGCAGACGGUACUAUCACAACUUGUGCCAUCUUCGCCUGUGCAGGAGACAGGCUGGAGUCCUGUGCGACACGUUUCGAUAAUCCAGCUGCUACGGCUGACGCCUUUCAAUUUCACUCAAUCGACCUGCAUGGAGUGUUUCCUAGUAGUGAGGAUGUGUUCCUGUUGCCGAACAGUGUCGAUAUGAGUAUUAUGCCCCUAGAGGUGGACGAAUUCGUGUAUAGUGAGCGGCAGUUCGUUCAAGAUUCCGUGACUUAUAAAGAAAUUCGUCACACAUUGAUUAGUCCUCGAUCGGAUCUCUUCUCGUUCGCCAUUUGGGGCCGAAAGUUUGUUAAUAAGGACAACGGAGCCGAUGCUGCCGUGGUCAGUGCCGUGAAAACAUCACACGAAGAAUUAUAACUGCAGUCCUUUAGAUGAAAAUGAAAUCGAAUAAAUGCUAUCAAAGAUCUGAUGUAACCAACAUCGUUACAAAAGAGAUAUUUUACGCAAUGCUCGAACGCUUAUAAAGACUUCACAUCCGAUUCUUGGCGCAAUUACAGGGCUUAUUCUACUACUACUACUGCUACUGGUGCUAAAAAUCCUGAGCUGAUUGACUGCUGCAAAAAGAGACUAGUUCUCAAUAGGUUUAAGAGCUUUUCUUAGUUUAUAUAUGUUAGUAUAAGUACGAGGUCCUGUAUCCAACAGUCGCUUCAAUAACUUAUUUUACUGCAAUUUUCUC